UCUAAGGUUUAUCCACAAGAAGAUAUUGUUCUUUCUUCUUCAUUAUCAUCAACUUGUUCUUCAUCAAAGAGAGAAAUAUUUACAAUAUGGAUGAAAUCAUUAGUGAUGCAGGGUAAUGGUUGUACCGUGUAUGAUUCCAAUGGUCAAGUCGUCUAUCGGAUCGAUUAAUUACGAUAAUAAGAAUUGUAAUGAAGUUUGUCUCAUGGAUUUAAAAGGCAAAGUUUUGUUCACUAUACUUAAAAAGAAAUUACGAUUAUUUGGAAGAUGGGAAGGAUACAAAUACGGCAACAGUUCAAAAGGGAAUAAACCGUGGUUCCAAGUUAAGAAAAAUUUGAAUAUGGAAGUAGAUGCAACGGUGAAGGAGUCGGAUGAAACCGGAGCUAAUUGUUAUCGGAUGGAGAGAUUAAAAGGAAGCAGCAGCAAAUUAGCCUGCAAGAUAAUGGAUGUCCGAACAGGAAGAGUUAUUGCAGAGUUGAAACCAAAACAAUCAAGUGGAGGAGUUUUGUUGGGAGAUGAUGUAAUGGGUUUGAUGGUGGAACCAAAUAUUGAUCACUCUUUCAUCAUGGGGCUUAUAGUUGUACAUGGACUAAUUAGUCACAAAAUGUAAACAGAACAAGAUUAAUUUUCACUAACCGGAUUCAUUGUAUUAACCACUAAACAAAAAAUUUAAUGACCCAUCUCCCUUAUU